GGCGGCGGCGAACAGCAUCACACAAGAGAACGAGACUCUACCAUGGGGACGGAGGAGGCCAGGCGGUUCACGCUCCAGGUGGAGAUGCAGUGCCGCUGCAUUGGCUGCGUCAAGAAAGUCGAGAAGGCCAUGGCGUCCAUUGGGAGUCUCAGGGGAAUCGAAACUUCGGUAGGGGAUGUUGACACUGGGAUUGUCACGGUGGUUGGGAAGGUGGAUCCAACAGAGGUCUGCCAGUGGCUGAAGAAGAAGACAAAGAAGAGUGUCAAAGUUGUCAAUCCUGAUCCAGCAAUUGAGAAUCACAACCAGAAAAUGGUAGUGGUCCUAGGAAGCAGUUCAAGAGCUUGGUACACUACACCCUCAGCUCCACCAUUACAAGAUGAGAUGUCCUGGGCUCUAGCGCCACCAGUAGGUCAGCAUGAUCAUAAGAGCCUACAGUUGAUCGAGGAGAAGAUCAGGGGCCUCGAGAAGGUCAGGGAUGUCCUGAAGAUCAAGAACCUGGAGAAUGAGCUGAUUGCAGCCAAGAGUGAGCUCACACAGUCAAGGAAAGUGAUCAACAGCAGUAAGAAGGCUCUGCUGGAUAGUGCUUUGAAUCAGCUCAAAGCAUAUAAGAACCUGGAGGCACUCAGUCAGUCACCAUAUGAUUAACAAGUAAAGUUAUGCAACCGUUUUAUUUCUGUGAGCAUUCUGCUAGUUGCCACCAUAGCACCAUGUUUUGUGAAGGUGCUCUGUGGUUUAGUUGUCUUGCCACCUAGCAAGUAAAAGUUAUCUAUCAACCUGCCCAACGUUGUUUUGAACUACCAAAACACCACUUAAUGUAAGUUUCCAUCCCACUAGGUAACUAUCAAUUUUUCACGCUUGGUGUUGGUGAAAUUGCUCGUUCAUUUUCCCCCCCUUUUUCUGGUAGUAUCUAUAGGUGGUUAGAUUAAGUAGCUGAUAGAUGAUAGCUAAGUGGAAAAUCACACAGAAGUUUCAUCAGUGAUCUUGCCACACGCAGAAUUUCCAAACUUCAAUUCAGCCUCAUACUGCCAUACACAUUGAGGAUUACAACCUAAAGGAAGAGCAAAGGCGGAUAGAG